CUGAGUGUAAGAAAAACAGAUUGGAGAUCAGAUAGCCUACAUGUUAGAAAUACUAGAGGCGAGCAAGACAUGUGAUAAAUCAUUUGAUCAAGUGGACAAGAACAGACUGAUACUGGACUGUGCACUGUCUGGAAGCGUGUCGCUUUUUAAAAGACACAUGCGACUCGAUUUUUAAAAAAAAAGUAACAUUGCAAUUGAAUUCGGAGUCGUUUGUGUGUGACUGUGAAUGGAUUUGCAUUGGCCAGCCUAUUCCGUGAAGACUGGUAUAUUUAAUGUACGAUGAUCACACAUCGUCGCUUGUCUGUGCUGUCUGGACAAUCCUGUUGAUUUAAACAUUAUUCCAGUCUAUGUUUUGGCGGAUUCUUUCGAAGGCUCUCUGCAUCUCCAUUCUCGUUCUAUGAGGUAUCAUCUGUUGCUGCAGCCGGAUUAACUGACAGUGUCAUGCAUUUGGAUUGACUCUAUCUGCUGGAGAUGUAGGCAAUCAGCAAUUCAUAAUUUCCCCAAUUUAACAUGUUUUAUUUCAGGUAAAAUGGGAGAACGAUUAUUGUUACUAUUACUGCUACUCUUAUCGUUACAUGCGGGUUGUGAUAGCCUACUGCAGACGAGCCAUUCAAAAUCGUCCAUCUCCACAGCAGCCGGUUUCUCUGAGAUUUGAUCGUUACUUUAUUGAAUCAGACUGUAAUAUCCCCGCCACGAGACGGAUUUCGGCUUGAAGUAGGUCUAGUAUUGGAGACAAUACGGGAAUUGUGGAGGUAUUGUAUUUCUUUCUAACUCGGUUAUUCCUUCACAACUGAAGAUAAAUGUUGAUGAUGGGGGACGACGAAUUGGCUCAUCAGGUUGAUUCGGAUUUCGAACCGCAAAACCGGCCUCGCUCGUGCACUUGGCCACUGCCUUGUCCAGAGGAUUUCCCCGAAGUACUGGAGGUCAAUGGGGGUCUUCCACUGACCACCAUCAAGGUGGAACCAGAUGACAAUCUAGCCGUUUCAGCGUGCAGAGCGGGGAGAAUGGGUGGCACGCCGACGGAGCUGAAGCAUCCAGCAGUCGCCCCUGCUCCCAUCGGCGCGACGCACCCAUGCUUGGCCGGCGCGGCACUUGAUGUGACUGGACAAUUGCGCAAAGCCAAAUCCUCGCGGCGGAACGCAUGGGGUAACCAAUCGUACGCGGACCUUAUCACACGAGCCAUUGAAAGCACCCCUGAAAAAAGACUCACGCUAUCACAGGUCUACGAUUGGAUGGUCCGCUAUGUUCCCUAUUUCAAAGAUAAGGGCGACAGUAAUAGUUCAGCUGGAUGGAAGAACUCCAUCCGACACAACCUGUCCCUCCACACGCGCUUCAUCCGGGUGCAGAACGAAGGCACGGGUAAGUCCUCCUGGUGGAUGCUCAACCCUGAGGGGGGCAAGAUGGGCAAGGCCCCUCGCCGGCGAACCGUCUCCAUGGACAGCAGCACCAAGUACCUGAAGAGCAAGGGCCGGGUCAGCCGCAAGAGGGUGGGCAGGCCGGGGAUUGGUUCUGGGGCUCAAGUGGGGCUCCAGGCUUCCCCUGAGCAGGGUAGCCCACCGGGGAAGGUUCUCCCAGGCAAUAUAGGGGUAGCUGGGGGUGUGGAAGGAGAGUUUGACGCCUGGACGGAGCUCCACUCCCGGGCUAGUUCGUCUACUUCGACCCUGAGCGGGCGCCUCUCGCCCAUCCUGGCUGAGGUCAAGCUGGAGGAGUCAGAGGAAGGCGGGCUCUCCUGCUCGGCCUCGCCCCACCUCUACCCCUCCCCCUCAUCCAGCGCCCGUUCCCCGGCCAUGGGGGCCGCGGGAGGCCACUGUCCACCCGUGGAGCAAUUGCCCCAGCUGGCUAAUCUCACGGGGGCGAUCAGCCUGGAGGAGAGGCUCAUGGAGGAAAGCUACCACCAUCAUCAUCCUCACUCAGCGGCAGGCCACAAACUUCCCCAGGUCUAUCAUUACAACCCUGGGGUUAAAGGUCAGGGGUCAUACUGCGGCGCGGUCUACAGCCAGGCUGGGAUGGGCAUGCUGCACCACCACUCACCCAUGCAGACCAUCCAGGAGAAUAAGCCUGCUAGCUUCGGCGGCACCAUGCGGGCCUACUCAGGGACCAACGCCCUGCAGAGCCUGCUAACAGGAGGCCCUGGAGUUCCACAGCAGUACUGUGCCAAGGACAUAAUACUGGGCCAGGAGAGAGAUGCCCACUCCAUGAUGGGGCCCUCCACGAACGGAGUGAGCUCCACCCGUCACAGCCAUCACUCCGGACACAACGGACAUGCAGCACACAGUCACAAUGGCAGCCACACAAACCACAACUCGGCUCACAGCCACAAUGGUCACAACGGUACUCAGAGUCGUAACCUCAACCCUGUGACCAACCACAACCACAACUCUCCUCAUCUUGGCCACAACCUCAGUCAGAACCACAGCAACCACACAACGCACACACCGACUCAAGCCCCAGCCCUGGCCCCACGCAUCAGCAGUGGCCACCUCCAGCCCUACAGUCACAAAGCCCCCUAUCUUUACAGCCCCCCGUCCCACGCCCACCUCCCCGCUUCCACCACCCUGCCACCCAACCCGGCCGGCAUGCUGGGGAUGCCUCAGGACUCCUGCCACCUGGCCACCGCCCCCCACCCCUCGCACCCCUGCCACAACACUUACCCCAGCCCCCAACACCAAGGAAUGGGCAGUGGACUGUACCACCACCAACGGGGCAUGGUGGGAGGUGGCACAGGAGGCAGCUACCAUGGUAGCUCAUACCACCAGCCUCACCCCCACGAGAGACUACUAGCUGAUCUGGACCUGGAUAUCUUCCACGGGAGCUUGGACUGCGACGUGGAGUCCAUCCUCCUCCACGAUAUCAUGGACUCCGGAGAGGAAAUGGACUUCAACUUUGACAGCUCCUUGGCCCAGGGGGUCGGGAUGGGGAUGGGGGUGGGGGUGGGGGUGGGCAUGAGUGGACUGGCAGGCCCUCAGCAAGCCCACAACAACCAGAGCUGGGUGCCCGGCUGAGACGUUUCCCGGAGUGCUUCCGGGCAGGCCUCAGAAAAGACUCCACUACCCAGAGUGCUGCAGGCCAGCCCUCACCGCCCCUCAGAUAGACAGACUC